CAUCAUGUGUUUUUCGCGAUCGCCGACUCGGAGCCAAGCGGGGGACGCUGCCCCGUGGCGGUGCUCCCUCGCCGCAAUGCGACACGUCAGGACAUGGUGGCAUUUUGAAUCACUUGCCCCGGCGCUUCUCCGCAGUUGCAGAAGAGAGUCGAUUCCUUGGCUCGCAAUCUGGCUGUGCGUCCCGAUUCUUCCUCACUUCCUGUUGAUAAAAAGCACGCUCUCACUCGUCGACGAUAUUCCUCAGACCGCACGCACAAAUAGCAUCUCCAACAGUCUUGGUCAGCUUCCGUCUUUCAAUAUAAAGAAAAGUGAAACAGCCACCCGCCCUCAACUCGGAAGACAGUUCGGCUUUCGAAAUGGACUUCAACACAAACACAUCGUACGGGGUGAACACGUCGACCCAGGGACCACCCUACCAGCCGGUCCCGGCUCCCGCACAGCCGAUCCAUGACCAACACAAUGACGAUAAGUCGAAGCCAUGGUCUCAAGACGCUUACGCCAACGCCGCCCUCCCUCCGUACGGUCAGCCUCCCUACCCUCAACAACAACAGCAACAGACAUACGCGUACCCACCAGCGCCUGGCGGGCCACAGGUUGUGUACUUACCCGCACCGUACGCCGGUGGUGGUCUUGCUCGAGGCCCACCUUCCACCGUAAUCUUUGUUGUUCUCGGUGUUAUCGGGGCAUGGUUUUUCGGUCCCUUCGCUUUCCUUCUCUACUGCUGCAUCAGGGAGGUUCGAUCCCGCCAAGCGAUGCUCAAGGGACUUACCGCAGGCUUGCUGCUGCAAGGCUUGAUUGCCCUCCUCGGCGCCUUCACGUGGUACAACUCUUGUGUGGCUGCAAGGACCGACCCCAUCAACAACGACAGAUUCAAUAACGAUCCCACAUUUGGCGGUGACGGUUUCGGUUUCUACUCGCGCUCGGGCAUCAACUGUGAGAGCUUCAGGCUCGCUCUAUUCAUCUAUUCUGGGAUCUCUUUGGCUGUCUCGGCGCUCUGCGCUUUGAUUAUUGUGCGUGGCAGGAAGGCGGCGGCGGCGGCAGCCACAACUACCCCCGUGAUGGCGUAAAGUCUUUAAAGAAUGGGAAGAGUCUGAAUUGUAUGAAUCUCGGAGAUGUAGUUUUGGCCGUGAUCCAUCCUGUAUAUACGUACAGUCCGUGAUGUGAAUAUGAUUUUCUUGCAGUAUACAGU